UAGUGGUAAUUGCUGACCAGUUUUCUCCUGUUCCUUCAUGCUCACCCACUGCCCUGUGCUACGUUUUGCUUUCGACCCGAUGAAUUCUUGAUGACGGAAUGGACUGGACCUGUGGGAAUAAAAAUUGCUGCUCUGUUGGGACAAUGGGUGGCAUUUAAUGGAAUUUCAUUGCCAAUACUUUUGCUGGGACACUUGUGAUUACGUGAACUGUGUGCUUCAUCACACUGAACUGGUUUAAAACCUCAAAAUGAACACAUUUGGAAUGGUCGUCUCUGUGAAAUUCUGGGCUGGAUUCAUGUGCCGACGGGUUGGAUCCUACAACACCACCGUGCGUGCGAUGUGCUGUCGGCCUAAUGAGCAGAUCACAGAGGAAGUGAGGAAGUUGUUGGAACUGAAGGCACAGCUGGGAUCGAAUGAUGGAAAGCACCAGUUUGUUCUCAAAACAGCAAAGGGAACCAGGGAUUAUAACCCAAAGCAGAUGGCCAUCCGUGAGAAGGCCUUCAGCGCCAUCAUUAAUUGCUUCAAACGCCACGGAGCUGAGACCAUCGACACGCCAGUGUUUGAGCUGAAGGAAACGUUGACUGGAAAAUAUGGGGAAGACUCGAAGCUUAUCUAUGACUUGAAGGACCAGGGUGGUGAGCUGUUGUCACUGCGAUAUGAUCUAACUGUUCCCUUUGCCCGUUACUUAUCUAUGAACAAAAUCACCAAUAUUAAGAGAUAUCACAUAGCUAAAGUGUACAGAAGGGACAACCCAGCCAUGACCCGGGGGCGCUACAGAGAGUUCUACCAGUGUGACUUUGACAUCGCAGGCCAGUAUGACCCAAUGAUCCCUGACGCCGAGUGCCUGAAAAUCGUCCAUGAGAUCUUAAGUGACCUGAAGUUGGGUGAUUUUUGUAUUAAGGUGAACGAUCGGCGCAUUUUGGACGGGAUGUUUGAAGUCUGUGGCGUCCCUGAUGACAAAUUCCGCACAAUUUGUUCGUCUGUGGAUAAACUGGACAAGUUGCCGUGGGAGGAUGUGAAGAAUGAGAUGGUUGGGGAGAAGGGCCUGGCUCCAGAGUCUGCUGACAAGAUUGGAACGUAUGUGCAGCUCAAUGGUGGGGCUGAGUUGAUUGAGAAACUGCUGAACGAUAUCAGCCUUUGCCAGAGUAAGGUGGCCUUGGAGGGGCUGAACGACCUGAAACUUUUGUUCCAGUAUCUCACGCUCUUCGGAGUUGGGGAACAGGUUAAGUUUGACCUGAGCCUGGCGCGAGGGCUGGAUUACUACACGGGUGUGAUUUACGAAGCCGUGCUGGGGCCGAGCCAGGGGGCAGCACCGACACAGCAGGAGGAGCACACGGAGACGAGUAGUGUGGGCAGCGUGGCUGCUGGGGGCCGUUACGACAACCUGGUGGGAAUGUUCGACUCCAAAGGUCGGAAGGUGCCAUGUGUGGGAGUCAGCAUUGGAAUGGAGAGAAUAUUCUCCAUACUGGAGCAGCAGGUUGAGGGGACUGAACAGAAAAUUCGCACGACCGAAACCCAGGUGCUUGUUGCUGCUGCCCAGAAGAAGCUGCUGGAGGAGAGGAUGAAGCUUGUGGCAGAACUCUGGAAUUCUGGCAUCAAGGCAGAGAUCACGUACAAGAAGAACCCAAAGCUCUUGAACCAGCUGCAAUACUGUGAGGAGACGGGUAUCCCACUGGUGGCUAUUCUCGGAGAGCAGGAACUCAAGGAUGGAGUGGUCAAACUGCGAGAUGUGGUUACAAGAGAAGAGGUUGAUAUUCUCAGAGUAAACCUUGCAGAACAAAUCAAGAAACGAACAGGUCAGCCCUAAUGUACAACAUCUGCCUUUCCAUCACGCAGCUUCGUAAUUUAUUAGUCUCUCUACAGCCAAUAGAAGUGUAGAAUGAGCUCUCUGAAGGCCACCAUUGUUCCUAGCACUUAUUUACAACUAUGACCAAUCCUUACUAAUAACCUCCGAAAGUACACCUCAAUGUGGAACUGAAAGUACUCUGGAUUUUUUUUUAUUCAGGUGCGUCGAGCACAAUUACCAUUGUACUACGUAUCUUAAUUCUGUGUAAUCAAUAACCUGAUUUUACAAAGGCUGUUGCAACUGUAUUUGCCAAGUUAACUGAAUGAAUAAAAGUAUGAUGAUAA